UUUGUUCUUUGUGAAAGGAUCAGCUUAUGUUCGACGAGAUGGCGGUACAGUUCUGCACUCUUAUAACAAAAAUGAUUUGCCCGUUCAAAUAUCCAUUACCGAUACCUUUGGCUCGAAAAAUCAUGAUCACAGAGAGCCACUGACGAGCGCUCAAGUACAAGCACAA